CUUAUGAUGAUCAGCAGCUUUUUUUCAAUGUAGCUUCAGAUCUGACCAACGAGAAAAGAGAUUGCGAUUCUGAAGGACGAGGAGAGAGAGAGAGAGGAGGAGGAGGAGGAGGAGGAGGAGGAGGAGGAGAGAUUUGCGGUGUCUGCUGGAGCUGCUGAAAGGGGGGAGCAGAGCUGAUCGUUGGAGGAAAAAAGGAAGAAAAGGGUUGCAGUCCCGUCACGUUCCAGCGCGAGAGCGGAGCGACCAUGGCCAACAGCACCGGCACCUAACACUGCGCUGAAUAGAUGAAGGAGCUCUCGAUGCCAUGCACUCCACCGCUUUUGGAGAAAGGAUGCUGUGGCUCACUCUGCUAAGCACUAUUGCACUUGGGUGGACGACUCCGAUUCCUCUGCUGGAUGAAUCUGAAGAAAUAGACGAGCCUUGUUUUGAGCCCUGCUACUGUGAAGUGAAAGAGGGCCUGUUUCAUGUGCACUGCGACAGCAAAGGAUUUACCAAUGUUAGCCAGGUGGCCCAGUCCUGGCUGAGGCCUUUUAAGCUCUACCUGCAGAAAAACUCUUUACGGAAGCUCUAUUUCAACAGCUUUCUCCAUUUGAACAAUGCAAUUGCAAUUAAUCUGGGGAAUAACGCUCUGCAGGACAUUCAUGUCGGGGCAUUCAAUAGCCUGAGCUCCCUAAAGAGACUUUAUCUGCAUGAAAACAAGCUGGAAGUGUUUCGGAAUGACACAUUCCUUGGACUGGAGAGUCUGGAAUAUCUCCAAGCGGACUACAACGUCAUCAAGAGAAUAGACAGCGGAGCUUUCCGGAACCUCCACAAGCUCAGAGUACUGAUCCUCAAUGACAAUUUAAUACCUGUCCUGCCCCCUUUCCUCUUCCGAUCGGUGUCUCUCACGCACCUGGACCUUCGAGGAAACCGCCUGAAGAUGUUGGCAUACAGGGGCACCCUGGAAUACAUCGGACGGAGCCUGAUGGAGAUCCAGCUUGAGGAGAAUCCGUGGAACUGUGUCUGUGACAUUGUACAGCUGCAAGCUUGGCUAGAGAGGAUACCAUACACCGCAGUGGUUGGAGAGAUCACCUGUGAGUACCCCUUUCACCUUCAUGGUAAGGACCUUAGAGAGAUCAAGCGCAGUGAACUUUGCCCCACGCUAACUGAAGCAGAGGUGGAGGCAAACCUUGGGAUCCCUCACCUACCAUUCUACACAGGAAGGGUCAGGCCCACAAAGCCCUCUUCUAUGUUCUCCCCCAACCAAAACACUGUUUCCUCUGUGGAACAAAGGGAGAGGCCCCCAAAGCCAACAAAAAGGCCAAGGCCAUCGAAGACUCCACCUACACCACGCAGUGCAUUUCCAAACCAGCCCCCUAUUGCUGGAUAUCAGACCAGGCCACCCAUACCAAUUAUCUGUCCCAUUGGAUGUACCUGCAAUUUGCACAUUAAUGACCUGGGUUUGACAGUUAACUGUAAAGAAAAUGGAUUUCAUAACAUUUCUGAGUUAAUGCCACGACCACUGAACGCUAAGAAGCUUUAUCUGAGUGGGAAUCUGAUCCAGAGAAUUCAUAAGUCUGAUUUUUGGAAUUUUUCUAGUCUUGAUUUGUUGCACUUGGGAAACAACCAAAUAUUUUAUGUUCAGGAGGGAGCUUUUGCUAAUCUACCCAAUUUGAGGAGCUUGUAUUUAAAUGGGAAUAACAUUGAGAAGCUAACCCUGGAUAUGUUCCACGGCCUCCAGAAUCUACGCUACUUGUAUUUUGAAUACAAUGAAAUAAGAGAAAUCCAGCCAGCUGCUUUCAGCCUGAUGCCCUCACUUCAGCUGGUGUUCCUGAAUAACAAUCUCCUGCGUACACUGCCCGUGGGAGCAUUUGCAGGGACUUCACUUGCACGUCUCAACCUGCGCAAUAACUACUUCCAUCACCUGCCAGUAAGCGGGGUUCUGGAGCACCUGCAUGCUGUGGUCCAGAUCGACCUGAACCAGAAUCCUUGGGAUUGUUCCUGUGAUAUAAUCCCACUGAAAGAGUGGCUGGACACUCUGAGCUCGGUGGUCAUCGUAGGGGAGGUGGUGUGUAAAACUCCAGAGGCCAUGAAUGAGAAGGAUUUACGCUCACUGACCACAGAGGUGAUUUGCCCAGAGUUGCUGCAAACUUCCCCAUCUCCAGAGGACUGGGUGAAAGAGCUUUCUACCUCAUUCCCUGGAGUUGGGCCACACCCUCCAAAAGGUGCCAUCCCUCUGUCCGUGCUCAUCCUCAGCCUGCUUGUUCUUUUUGUGUCUGCAUUCUUUGCGGCCGCUGCAUUGUGUGCCUACGCUCUAAAGAAGCGUGAGAAGCUGCCCUUCAGGAAGCAGGGAGAGGUGGGUCUAGCAGGAAUACAGAUGGAGUGUGGGAUUUUUACUGAGCCGCCACCCACACUGCCCGAAACUCCUCCUUCCAACCAUGUGUAUGACUGCAUCACCGCACCUACCACGCACAUUUGCAGCAAUGCUGUUUACAAGACGAGCAGGCAGGAGAAUCAGAAACGUCCACUCACAGACCCUGGGGAGGGUGGCUCAAAUUACAGAACAUUGCUGGAGAAAGAGCAGGAGUGGACCAUGGCCGUCAGCAGCUCCCCCAUUAACACCAUAGUGCCCGUGGGGACGCCGUGUACGGACAUCGCAGGAUUGCACGAAAAUGGAAUACUCUGUCCAACGGUGAUUGACAGCCAGGGUCCCACCCCCAAGGUGGGGUUUGUAGACAGCCUUUUUGGCACCCCCCGGUUCAAUGAUGUGCCUGAAAGGCAUUUACACCCUCCCCCGGAGUAUCCCCAUGCAGAACAGGACGCCAGGCAAACGCAGACGCUCACAAUCAACGCUGGGACAAGGACAGGCUGUCCUAAUCAAAUCCACAGCGAUUACCCUGAGCUAAGGGCUAGACUGAAAACCAAGGUGGAUUACCUUGACGUGCUGGAGAGGUCAUAUCAGUUCUAAAACAUGACAGACAUGAAAUAUAUCUCCCAGAAUUAGAAAAAAUGGUAAGACUUUAAAGAAACUUGUGCAAUGUAAGAUGUUUUUUUUCCCCUCAAGUUGCUCUGGAGGAAAAUCCUGUACUCAGAUUUUUUGUAUUAAGUGCCUUCAAAAGAGCAGCCAGCAAUGUUGUAAAUGGUUAUUUUUGUAUAUUCACAAUUUUAUUUAUCUAAAACAUAGAUUUAGAGUAGAAGAGAAAGGCUCAAGUGCCGUUGUCAGACGUUGCAAAUGUUAACAUACAAAAACAGAACAAGGGAUGCCUUUAACUGCUGAGGGAUUUGGGCUUGGCUUUUAAUUUGUUUGCAUACAAACGUCUGAAAUCUUUUUUUUUCCUGAAAUUCUAAAAUGAUCCUUCAGCAAUAGAGAUACUGCAGUUAUUGAAUAACUGUUAAGUGCUUUGUUGAAUCUGUAUUUUCACAACGAAUAGGUUGUCUUUAUUGGAGCUUAUUGAUCAUCGUUAUGGACCACGCUGAGGUCAAAACAUGCAGACUGAGAAACUCGGGAGCUUUGGAUCCCGAAUGAGUGGGUAUCUUUUUAUGAUCCAUCUUCCAGUGACUAGGAGGGACUUGUGCAUAUAUUUAUUCUUAGAUUUCAGUGUUGCAAUUAUUAUUAUUGUACAUCAUGUUCGAUCAGUGUAUAAUGAUUAUGCCUCUGAUUUAGCCUUCCUCGAGAAAAACAAACCCUGAAUUCAAUAAAGGGAGAUAAAGGAA